AAUGUGUUGUUUACUAUAUCUAAUUCAUUUUUUUCUUUUUGUUUUAGCUAGCUGGGGUGGCCUUCCUUGCAGCUGGUUUGUGGGCAUGGAGUGAAAAGGGUGUAUUGUCUGAUCUGACAAAGGUCACUGGUCUUCAUGGUCUGGACCCAGUGGUGCUUGUCUUAAUGGUGGGAAUAGUGAUGUUUACUUUGGGAUUUGCUGGUUGUGUAGGAGCACUGAGAGAAAACAUCUGCCUUCUGAAGUUUUUCUGUGGAGCAAUUGUGUUUAUAUUUCUGUUGGAACUGGCAGUGGCAGUUCUUGCAUUCCUGUUCCAGGACUGGGUGAGGGACAGGGUCAAGGAAUUCUUCGAGAAUAACAUUAAGUCCUACCGAGAUGAUAUUGACCUCCAGAACCUCAUAGAUUCACUACAGAAAAUAAACCAUUGCUGUGGUGCCCAAGGUCCAGAUGACUGGGACUUUAACAUAUACUUCAACUGCAGCAGUGAAAGCAAAAGUCGUGAAAAGUGUGGUGUUCCUUUUUCCUGUUGUAUACCUGAUCCUGCUCAAAAAGUUGUGAAUACACAGUGUGGCUAUGAUGUCAGAAAGAAGAGCAAGAGUCAAUGGGAUGAUCAGAUUUUUGUCAAAGGAUGUAUUCUUGCUCUUGAAGCUUGGUUACCCCGAAAUAUCUACAUCGUUGCGGGUGUCUUCAUAGCUAUCUCACUGCUGCAGAUUUUUGGGAUUUUCCUAGCCAGAACACUGAUUUCUGAUAUUGAAGCUGUAAAGGCAGGUAUGGCCUUCUGAAUACAAAAGCAGACACGUGUUGCAUAAAGUAUAUUUUAUGCUUAUUGAUGGGACACCAAGGUGGAAGAAAUGCACAGACCAUGAAAUACUCCUGUUAUUAAAAGCCUUAUGUGGAUUUUAACCAGCUCAUGCUUUUUAUUAGAAGCUGGUACAAAAAGCCCUCCAAACACACAGCUGUCUACCUUUUUUCUCAUGGGACAACUCAGUGCACCAGCGUUGAUCUCUGAGGAAGACAUGGAAUUUCCCGAGACAUUAGCAGAACAGAUUUUAAAGACUGUAGUAAGGAGAAAUGAAACUGCUGUAAAAUCUUUCCUUGAAG